UCUUGGAUGUACUACGUGUACAUUUACAUUUCUGUAGAUUAUAAACAUACAAAAUUAUAGUUUGUUAUUUCCAAAUUGUUUUAUACGUGUAAUUAUGAAGUACUAUGAUCGUAUCUAAAAAAGAAUUAUCAAAUAUUCCAUUUUAUUUCUGGGAAUUUAUUUUAUUUAUUCUUAUUUUUUCUGUAAUAAGUCGAAUAAAGGACUAUGCCAUUUAUACAGCGGUGUUUGGAACCCAUCAACGUUAGUCGGGUAGAGGUAGAUGAGGGCAUCAAAGAUGAGUUGGAAUGCGUGACCAAUCAUACGCUCAGUAACAUCAUUCUACAGCUCAGCAGCCUCAGUAAGCAUGCGGAGGACAUGUUUACCGAGCUGUCACAGGAAGUGCAGACGUUCACGGACCGCACGCGGCAGCUCGAGAGGCGCAUCAGGAAUCUAAAGGAGACGGUUACAACGCUUUAUGUAUCUGAAGAAGUUUCCAUCAACGAUGCUACAAAGAGGAAGCCAUACAAGAGUUCAACCCGCCUUGACCAACAAGUCGUAUCUAAAUGUACAGCGCCACGAUGUGUACUUAAGGCUUACAGUCAAUGUGAUGCUAAACCAGCAUUAGACAAACUUAACCAAUACAGAGUUGAUGGCCGCGAUUGUUUGAAGUUUUACACCAAUCCGGAUUUCUUCAUCGAGUUAUGGCUUAAAGAGAUCCAGAGAGACAUCAGGAAUAAAGAAAGACUUCUAAGAAAACUCCCUCUUCACCAAAGAAUUGGAACAAAGAAAGACGGUUAUGGGAAGAGAACACCUCGAUCUCUUCAAAGUAUAGUACAGAAAUAUGAGAAUAGGAAACAUGGAGUGGAGUUUUCAUCCAAUAAUGCUGGAUCUAUUAAAGCAAAUGCAUAUAAAAAUCAGUCUGCUAGAUCCUUGGACGUGCAUGAAAGGAAACCAGUGAACAAAAGCAGUGAACAAAGGAACCAACAACCUCAUCUCAAUAAACCUCAGUUUUCUCAUGAUAUACCUAAACAAUCUAAAAUUCACAAAGAGAAAAAUAAUGCUGGGAUACCUGAAACGCAACAUCCACUUAUUAUUCAAAGUAAUAUGUCCAAUCUUCAGAGACAACUUUCAAAAACGGUGUCACUCCGAGCGGCAGCAAGGCCUAUUGAGCCCCCACCGCCGCCACCUCCCACAUAUAAGCUUCUUCGUGACACUACAGAAGUAAACCCUUCGUCUCCAAUUAACCAAUAUCCAUCACCUUGCACCCAUCUUCCCUUUCUAAAUCCUGAACAAAAUUUUCCCCCUCCACCUUCACCACCACCGCCAUAUAUGGACCAAGAGGAAGCACUUCCUCCCCCAUCCUCAUUGUUUAUGGUCAAAGAGGUGGCGCCCCCUCCCCCACCCCCACCAUACGUGGAACCAAAGAUGGCACCACCUCCACCACCACCACCCUUGCCACCUACAAUGGGAAAAACUAAUGAGGUUGAUGAUGAAAAAUCGAACUGGGUUACUUCCUUAAAGGGUCUUCUUUCUGCUUCUCGUAAACUGAAACCGACUCCAAAGCGACAACCCAAAGACGACAAUAGAAGCAAACUGUUACAAGAGAUAAAAGAAUUUGGCCGUGGAAAAUUACGUCCGGUAGAUAGGCCUUGGGAGGAAAAAGUAGAAGAAAAGCCCAUACCUGCCGCAAACAUUGAUGUACAUGCCCUUAUGGAAAAGAUGCUGAGCAUUAGUGAAAUGAUACAACCAAGUGAUGAAGACGAUGAGGAGAAUAGUUCUGAGGAUGAUGAUGAUUGGAAUUAGUCACUGUAAAUAAUGCAAAAUUUCUCACACAGGGAAUCCUAAAGGAAGUCAUGUCCUAGAACGCGAAAGUUUUGUUUUUAUGACGGAUUUUUUUUCUCUCCAUAUUUUUAAGAAAAAAAGUCACUACGAGGUUGAUAGGGAAAAUUG